AUGGCAGGAGAGCCAGAGCUCCGUCAGCCAAAGAACUAUGAGGAGGAGGAGGUCACAUCCAGAGAUCAGGGAUUUGCUGAGAAUGACCCCGAGGGUCAGAUUUGCAGCCCCAAGAGUUUGCAAGGAUAUCUGAUCCGUGUCCCCUGGCUUCUGCUGCUUCUCAUCAUUUUGGGCCUCUUUUUGCUUAUGUUGGCCACCCUGAUUCAAGUUUCCAGGAUUCCUGCAUACUCCAAGGGACAGACCCAGGAUCAGCAGGGUAGCUCCAGCUUAGGGAGAGGUGCUGUUCCUCAGGAGCAGACACACUCCGGCUUGGAGCAGAUCCAGCAGCAGCUGGCUCAGCUCAAUGCCUCGCUGGCUGGCCUGUGCCGGCCCUGUCCCUGGGACUGGGAGCUCUUCCAGGGAAGCUGCUACCUCUUCUCCAGAACCCUGGGCAGCUGGGAAACCUCUGCCUCCUCCUGCAAGAAUCUUGGGGCCCACUUGGUGAUUAUCAACAGUGUUGCAGAGCAGAGAUUCAUGAAAUAUUGGAAUGUGAGGAAAAACCAACGUUCCUGGAUUGGCCUCAGUGACCAUACACAUGAAGGUUCCUGGCAGUGGGUGGACAACAGCCCCCUCAAGUUCAGCUUUUGGAAAGAGGGGGAGCCUAACAAUGAUGGAGAUGAGGACUGCGUGGAGCUGUUCAUGGAUGAUUGGAAUGAUAAUAAGUGCACCAUACAAAACUUCUGGGUCUGUGAGCAGCCCUCAGCUCCCUGCCCUGGUCACUGA